AUGGCGUGCACCCUGCCCACCGCGGGCUCUCGCUCCAGCGCCCUUGGGCCCCAGCCGCCCCCCGAGGCCAGGGAGGUGCAAACAGGUGGCCACCGGGGCACAGCGCCCCCAAUUCCCAGCCCAGUACCUCAGCCACCGGGCUCCGGAGGACAACUCCAGCGCACAGCGGGGACCCCCGGACCCAGCCAGGACCCCCGGAUCCCAGCCAGGACCCCAGCCCCCAGCCAGGACCCCCGGACCCCAGCCAGGACCCCCGGACCCCAGCCAGGACCCCAGCCCCCAGCCAGGACCCCCGGACCCCAGCCAGGACCCCCGGACCCCAGUCAGGACCCCCGGAUCCCAGCCAGGACCCCAGCCCCCAGCCAAGACCCACGGACCCCAGCCAGGACCCCCGGACCCCAGUCAGGACCCCCGGAUCCCAGCCAAGACCCCAGCCCCCAGCCAAGACCCCAGCCCCCAGCCAGGACCCCAGCCCCUAGCCAGGACCCCAGCCCCCAGCCAGGACCCCCGGACCCCAGCUGGGAUCCCCCAGCCCCCAGCCAUGGCCCCCAGCCGGGAACCCCGGACCCCAGCCAGGACCCCCGAACCCCAGACCACAUACAGCACGUAGCAGGGACCCUCAGCCCGCACCCCCACCCGGACCCGCACCCCACCCGGAGACGCACCCCACCCAGACCCGGACCCGGACCCGGACCCCCACCCAGACCCGGACCCGCACCCGGACCCGCACCCCACCCGGACCCCCACCCGGACCCCAGCUCGCACCCGGGUCGCCGCCGCCGCUCGGCCGCGGGCGGGCAGGUGCGGGAGCGGCGGGGCCUGGCGGCGGCCGCCCGAACCCCGGGAAGCCGCGUCCACCGCGCGGCCGCGUCCGGCGAGAAGCCCCCCGCCCCGCACCCCGCGCCCCGCACCCCGCGCCCCCGCCCCGCGCCCCCGCCCCGCGCCCCCGCCCCACUCACCGCUCGGUCCCGGCGACACGCGGCGUCCGGCAGGCGCCCCCGGCCGGUCUCGGGGCCUGCGCGCGUCCCCGGCGGCGGGGUGUCGGGGGGCGCGGGGCGGGGGCGCGGGGUCCGUGCGCCGGGGGCCGGGGGCUGGGGGCCGGGGUCCGCAAAGACGGGGGCGCGGGGUCCGGGCGCGAAUGCCGGGGUCCGGGGGCUGGCGCGUCCCUGCUGGCGGCGCCCUGUCCGGGCGGCGCGGACAUCCGCGCGUCCCCGCGCUUCCUCGGGGGGGGGGGAGGCGGGGCUGGCGCGGGGGGGGGGGGGCGACCGCUGCUCCCGGGGACGCGCCUCCGCCGAGCACCGAGCGCGCCCCCGCCGCAGCCGGGAAGGGGCGGGGCCUGUCCUGACCACGCCCCGGGACACGCCCCACCGAGCACCGAGCGCGCCCCCGCCGCAGCGAGGAGGGGCGGGGCCUGGCCUGGACACGCCCCCGACCACGCCCCCAGCGCGUCACGGGGGGCCACCCGCGCGGCCGAGCCCCAGGGCGCAGGAGGGGCGGGCGCGGGCACGGGGUGCGGGCGCGGGGCGCGGGGCGGGGCGCGGGCGCGGGGCCGGGCUGCGGAGUCGGGGCGCGGGGUGCGGGGCGCAGGUUGCGGCCGUUGUCACCCCCACGGCCGCCGGGGGCCGGGCGCCCAGAGAGCCUGUGCUGCGGGCGGGGUGUGAUCUCGCUGCCCCGCACCCGGCUCCCCGCACCCCGCCCCCACCCCCGCCCCAGCGCGCCGGGUUGUGGCAGGCCCGAGGCCCCUGCACCGCCCCCUCGCGGCUACGCUCCGGACCGGAGGGAGUUGGCUCCCAUGGCUGGGACCAGCAGGGCCUGCAAGUCCAGCUCCAGUCCUGGGUGACCGAGAAGAGGUGA